AUGGCGGCCACGGUGCUGGCGGCGCCUGAGGGCGGUUCCGCCGUGAUGCAGGCGGGGAACGCGGCGGCUUGUACUCCGCCACCAGGUCCCUCGGGUCCCGGUUCGUGGAACCGCUCCUUGGACAGAGCCUUAGAAGAAGCGGCGGCCAGCGGUACCCUCAGUCUGAGCGGCAGGAAGCUCCGUGACUAUCCGCGGGCCAGCGCCGCCAACCACGACCUCAGCGACACCACCCAGGCUGAUUUGUCACGGAACAGACUGUCAGAGCUUCCAGCAGAAGCAUGUCACUUUGUCUCCCUCGAGAGUCUUAAUUUGUACCAGAACUGCAUUCGAUAUAUCCCAGAGGCUAUUUUGAACUUACAGUCUUUAACAUUUCUAAAUAUCAGUCGAAACCAGCUUUCCACAUUGCCAGUACACCUCUGUAGUCUACCACUAAAAGUCUUGAUAGCAAGUAAUAAUAAGCUGGUUUCAAUACCUGAAGAAAUUGGACAACUCAGACAGCUGACAGAGCUUGAUGUGAGCUGUAAUGAAAUACAGACAAUACCUCCACAGAUUGGAAAUUUGGAAUCCUUGCGGGACCUAAAUGUCAGAAGAAAUAAUUUGGUGCGUUUACCUGAAGAGCUUGCUGAGUUGCCUUUGAUCCGAUUAGAUUUCUCCUGCAAUAAGAUAACAACAAUACCAGUUUGUUAUAGGAACCUCAGACAGCUGCAGACCAUCAUGUUAGAGAACAACCCUCUCCAGUCACCCCCUGCACAGAUAUGUAUAAAAGGAAAAAUCCACAUAUUUAAAUACCUGAACAUAGAGGCAUGCAAGAUAGCUCCAGACUUGCCUGAUUACGAUAGGAGACCCAUGGGAUUUGGAUCUUGCCAUGAGGAACUCUAUUCUGGUCGUCCGUAUGGAGCACUUGAUUCUGGCUUCAAUAGUGUGGACAGUGGAGACAAAAGAUGGUCAGGGAAUGAACCAACAGAUGAAUUCUCAGAUCUCCCUUUGCGUGUGGCAGAGAUCACUAAAGAACAGAGGCUGCGAAGAGAAAGUCAGUAUCAAGAAAACCGGGGAAGCACAGUUGUAACUAAUGGUGGAGUGGAACAUGAUCUCGAUCAGAUCGACUAUAUUGACAGCUGUGCCACAGAAGAGGAGGAGGAAGAGGUGAGGCAACCCAAGUGCAUGGACUCAGACAGCCUCAGCUCACAAUUCAUGGCAUAUAUUGACCAGCGGCGAAUCUCUAAUGAGGGCUCACCAGUAAAGCCUGUAUCCGUCAGAGAAUUUCAGAGAACAGAGGAUACAAGACGAUACUUACAUCAAAACAGACCCCCAGCCGAUUCACCUUACUUUCUAUCAAGUCACCACGGUCAGGUGCCUAAUACAGAUCCCGAGCUGCACCGCAGGCACAUAGAGCGUACCCGUCGGGAGGCUCAGUUAGCAGCUCUUCAGUAUGAGGAGGAGAGGAUGAGAACAAAACAGAUUCAGAGAGAAGCUGUCCUUGACUUUGUUAAGCAAAAAGCAUCCUUAAGUCCUCAGAAGCAAAGUCCUCUGGAUAGUGAGUGUCCUUUUCCAUCCAGAAGGUCUCAGCAUACUGAUGAUAGUGCCUUGUUAGUGAGUGAUGACAGAUCUGCCAUCUCCCCUGGCUCACCUACAACUCAGACAGUCCACCUUUCCCCUCCAUAUUCUGGCCAUGCAGCCCCGCCUUCCUAUAGAAACCCUGCCCUUCGACCAGAGAGUUUCCUUUACCAAGCAGCUGUCAGGGAUGAAGCAAAGAAAGGUGUUGUUUCAUCUUCUACCUGUGCUUUGUCUCCUGCUAAUGAUGCUGCAGACCCUAGAGUAAGACAGAACUCCAAACAGCGAGAGGAGGAGCUGGAGCUAAUAGAACAGCUGCGCAAGAAUAUAGAAUCACGAUUGAAAGUGUCAUUACCCAGUGAUCUUGGAGCAGCUCUCACUGAUGGUGUUGUUCUGUGCCAUUUAGCUAACCACGUGCGUCCCCGAUCUGUUCCCAGCAUUCACGUCCCUUCACCUGCUGUUCCUAAACUUACAAUGGCAAAAUGCAGACGAAAUGUGGAGAAUUUCUUGGAAGCUUGCAGGAGGAUUGGAGUGCCUCAGGAGCAAUUAUGUUUGCCUCUACAUAUUUUAGAAGAGAAGGGUUUGACACAGGUAGCUGUGACUGUCCAGGCGCUCCUGGAGCUGGCACCCCCAAAGCAGCAGCAACUUCACCACUUGUCUGCUGUGUAAAGACCUCCAGGACCUUUGGGGUUACCUUGGCUAAGCAGAAGGACGUGAAGACUUUACUGCCCAUGCAGUGCAUCCAAACACACAGAGCUCUGUUCUAAGGAAAUGAGUUUCCAUGAUUCCUGACAGGAAUGUUUUACUUCAUUUCUCCAUUUUUUUGGAGAUCACAGCAGUUUCCAAUAACAUUUUUAUUAUCAGUAUUUUGCCCCUUUUUUAAAGAAAACAGAGUUCAUUGGGAGGAGGGUAGGGAAUUCCUUGCUGAUGUGGAUAUAGCUUGGAAAGAGAUUCCUAGGGGAAUUCAUUGUUAAAAAAGGAUGUGGCUGCUAUGGGCACAUGGGGAAACUUCUCUCCUUCCUCACAGGGUUCAAAGAAGGGGAAAUUUUUUGCCUUCAAAAAACAGCUAUUUCUAUUACAUAUAUUAAAAAAUCACAACACACAAUCUUACCUGCAGUGUUUGAUGACAGGGUCGAACCUCCUGCUGCUGUAACUUGCGUUGGCACGUCCUCAUCGCUUAAAAUUUGAAGAAAAAAAAAACCUGAUUCAUUUUUUUUUCUCAAGAGAGAGAAAUACUGUGUGUUCUCUCUGCAGGAAAGUGCCUUAGUCAAAGAUGCUUGAUCAGAAUGUUCAAAUUGCGUUAAUCACAUCAUCAUUCUUGCUGGAUUCACUUUCUGUUUGGGUUUUUAACAUGUCUUUGUCUGACAAUUUUCUCAACACCGGUGGAGAGAGAUCACAUCUGUCCUCUCACCUGCGCCCCUGGUCAGAUAGGGAUGCGUUUGGUUACUUGGUGGUUUUGUUGAACGAUGGCUAGUUGUCAUCAGGAGCCACGUCUCUAUUUUCACUGCAGUGCAAAGAAUCACAGCCUGCUGUGCUAAUAAUCCUUGGCAACCCUUUAUCAAAUAGCUUAUUAGGGGCGGGAGCAUCCCCUGCAGCCAUGCCAGCGCUGGUGAGUGUCCCAGCCACUGAGAAAUUCAUAAUUUUAAGAACACAGCUACUGAAUUUCCACAGUGGGCUGUGUAUUGUCAAAACAGUGUCUGUUACAAAGGGUAGCUUCUCUUUGUGGGUUCGACAGGGCUUUAAAUAAGCCUUUUAUCAUUGAGAGUUUAUGUAGAGAGCCACACUAGUUUUACAGAGCUACCAUUACUUCCUUCCUUUUUCCUUAAUGUGAAAAUGGAAAUUCAAUAUACAGGAAUGGGAGAGGUAGCCAACAGGUUUCAUAUUUUUCUGGACAGAUGAUGCUGGCAAAACAAAGACUAGCUCCAUGUGCUCUGGUCUUAGUGCCGAGGCCAAGCUCACAACCACAUCACCUACAGUAUUUUCUUUCCCCCCCAGAAAAAGACCUUGCAAAAUCUUGUUCUCACCCAUGCACUUCCUUUGGUUCGCUUUGGCCCAUUUAAAGCAUCCCAGAAUGUUAUGCUACUAAUAAAUACAUGGUGCAUGGGGUCUGAAACCAACCUCAGGUGCUGGAGGUAUUCCAUCUGGGAAUAUAUUUGAAGCAGAAUACACCAGAAGGAUUUCAUAGGGAUAAUAACAAAAGACAUGGGAGCAGGCUGGCUAACAGGCAUUCUUGUGGAAGCAAACCUGCCGUGGGAGCACUGCUAAGGACUGGGCUUAGCUGGAUUUUUCCCCUUUUGAUUUGCAGUUUUGUUUCCACUCCGUUUUGCUUCAUGUAUUUCUUUCAAGGUCCAUUGUGGUGAGUGUUGAAUCCCUUACUUCACAUAAUUAUUCCAGUUGCUCCUCACUGGCAUCUGUAGAUGGUUGAUCACAUUGUGAGUGGAGAACACCUGAAGGGUAUUUCAAAGUGCACAGCUGAAGAGAAACCUUUUCAUACUGGUACGUGCGCUGCCCUGAGCCUGGCAGGUAAUGAAAAUGCCACGUCUAGGAAGAGAGCAGCCCACACAGACACUUUUCUCCUCAGUUAGAUCUUGUAUUUCGCUUAAUGUCGCUUGCAAGGAGUGCUGGUAAUUCUUACAGGGUUACGUCAAAGUGUCUUAAGUCUCUGCUGUGGUUUGUUGGGUGGAAGGUUCUGCCUCUCACAAGCAAACAAUACGGACCACAAACGUUCUGUGUGUGUUUGUCGCUGCACAGAAUUUGAAAGAGGAGAGCACUGACUUCAUCAGUUACCAGCAUCAGGUCACUUGUGUUGUUAGAGGGCUGAGCUGCUUUUAUUAGCACACCCUUUGUGGGCUAUUUAAACACUCCUGUUUUAAGAAAACACUUCCCUUCAUGGAAUGGUCUGGGUGUGCUCUUUGCUCCGGUUCAGCUUCCAGCACUCAGGGGAAGUGAAACCUAACAGUGUUCAGGUUGGUGGAAGUUUGGUGUUUCGUUAAUACUAGUUGAGGAGUUAACGGGGUGGGGGGUUGACUCCAAACAGCAAGAAAAGGCCAUUUCCCCUUGUGCCUGGUGAAGGGAGCUCCUCUUCUGUCCAAGCAGUGUGUGUGGCAGCAGAGCUUGGGUAAGGAGCAGGGGUGGCCUGGCUGGGCAGGGGCUACCUCCACCAUCACUCACUCUGUGCUAAGCCCUGGUUCCUUCUGGCAGUUUCAGUGUAUGUGACCAUACCAGUUUGGCAUUAAUGAUCCUCUGUGUUCAUCCUGGCGAACACUAAAUCUUGACCAGAUGUUUAGGGACAAAAUCCAAACCUGAAGUUUCAUCGUGCAGUUAAUGUAUUAUACCAAGCCCAACUUCAGUUCUUGUUUGCAAAAUGGGUGUGGAUUUUUUUAGUGUAUUUAUGUGCAAUUUUUGUCGUAUCCCUUUAAUAUUUUAAAGAGAACAUGUAUAAGAUCCUAUUUCGUGUGACAAAGCAAAGAGGCGAUUGUCUUUCUCUGGGGCAUUUGUGUUGGAGGAGGAAUCCACAUGAGUGUGUCAUACUUGCCGGUGUUUACACACUGACUCCCCUGUGCCACUGUCCUUCCUUGACCCAUGUCAAGUGCUGAACAGUGUUUGAUGCUCAGCAGGGUUACAUGCUGGAGGCGGAGCGGUGCAGGCACAUGGGAGCCCUGGCAGCAACCCCCCCCCCCCGGGUUUGGGUCUUUCCCUGCUGAAGGGGAGGCUUUUGUAAUGGCCCCAGCACAGCAGCCUGCUUAAAAUGAAUCUGAGACAGCUUCUUACAGUGCUAAGGACACCUCUUGUUCUUGAUUGUGACAUGAUGGCAAAUGGUAUUUUUAUCCUUUUAUGCCUAUAAGUGGUUCUUUGAAAAAAAAAUGUUUUUAGGAACAGAGGAUUUCUAAGGUGAAUUUGGACAUUAAAAAAUGCUUUUGUGUAGAUAUUGUGAUGUUUUACAAAGUGAUCUAAUUUUGUUAUUUCUGAAAACAGUGUAAACGUGUAAUUAAUAAAGGAUUUUAAAGCUUCAUUCCAUGCUGUAUGUCUGUAAAUACAUUCCAUAAUUUCUAAGUCUGUUACACAUAAAUGUGUCUGAGUAUUGUAUAUUUUACAUUGCCUGUAUCCUGCCAGUAGUGUGAACUUCUAGCACACCAGUAAUAUAAAAGGAAACCAUGGGUAAUUUGAAAUAAAGUUUUCAAACUUA